AUGAAUUGCCCAUAUGGAGGCUGCAUUGCUUUGCUGAGCGAUGAGAGCAAGCUCAGAAAUCAUAUUACUGGCAGACAUGAAUAUGCUGCAAAAUGUGGCAUUCCAUUAACCAUCUUCCGUAAUAUACUCUAUGGAGAGAAGUUCAACCCAUCCGCAGAGACCAGACGUCGGGCUGCUCCGGAGAUCCGACGGUUCUAUCCAUGGACAUUGCCAGUUAUACAAGAACGUCUGGACAGACAGUAUUACAGAAAAUUCAAAUUCAAUCUAUCCAUCAAGUACAAGCUUGUCAGGGACAGAGAGAGGUUGGACUCGAUGAUAGAAACUGACCAUCAGCAAUUGAGGAAUAUCGGAAAGCAACUAGCCCAAGGUUUGUUCAGCCUGUCCUAG